UCAUGCUACUUGCAAGCAUCGCAUUUGGAGGAGCCCCAGCAACGUGCACGGAGGAUGAACGAACCCUAUGGCCCUGAGGCACCCCGUCCCAUCAGCAGCACAUCUCCUGGCAUCAUGAAAAUGUUCAUGGGCUUCCUCACUCUAUUUAUUGUAGCACAGACCAUUGGGACUGUGCUCUUCUGUUUGUAUCUUCACAUGAAGAUGGAUAAGAUGGAAGAGGUGUUGAGCUUAAGUGAAGAUUACAUCUUCCUGAAGAAAGUACAGAAAUGUCAGACAGCAGAAGGUCAGAAGUCAACAUUAUUGGACUGUGAAAAGAUUAUAAAGGGCUUCCAGAGCAUCCAGUGCAAGGAUGGACCCCUCAAGGAACAGCCCAAGUUUGAAAUGCAGAGAGGUCCUGAGCACCGUGAGCAUGCCCAUUUGAUGCACAAGAAUGAGACAUCUGUGGCAGCAGAGAAGAGGAAGACAGUUGCAGUUCACCUGGCAGGUCAGCAGAGCAACAAGGCAGGCUCAGUGCUGGAGUGGAAGGAGACCAUGUAUGGCCCCACAAACAGCUUGAUAUCCAACAAGGAGGGGAAAUUGAAGGUGGAGGAAGCAGGGCUCUACUACAUCUACUCCCAAGUCAGCUUCUGCACCAGGGAAGCAUCUUUGGCACCCUUCACCCUCUAUAUUUAUUUGCAUAUCCCCAAGGAAGAGGACCGUCUCUUGGUGAAAGGACAAAAGACACAGAGCACCUUGAAGUCCCACUGUGAACUCCAGUCAAUCCGUGUGGGAGGUGUCUUCAACCUCCGGGAAGGUGACAUGGUCUUUGUCAAUGUGACAGACUCCACGAAAGUGAAGUACAGCCAUGGCAACACCUACUUAGGAAUCUUCAAGGUGUAGUGAGGAAAGGGCUGUCCUGAGAUGGGAAUCCAGCCCAACUUUCUUGAGCAAAGUGCCUUUCCCUUUUUCCCUUAUUUAUGUUCCUCUGCCUCUCUGUUUUUCUUGUUUCUUAAUUUGUAUAUUUUUUUUUAUUUAUUAAUGAGGGCCAGGGGGCCCUGAGAACACAAAUGGAACAAAGUUUGAAGCUGUAAUUUUUUGCUCUCAGAUUUUUUUCUUUUGCAGCUAGUGAUUUGGUACAUGCUGGUCUUGUGUGCCUGAGUCCACCACACACCACUUUCCUCAAAGGGUCGAUGUCCCUGUUAUGUCACAAGAGUUUUGUUUGCCAAACUCUACCAUCAUUUCUUUCCUUGAAACAUAGGAUGGCUCAGGGCACUUCAGCCAAGCUGCAUUCAUACAUAUCUCCACCACCAAUCUGCUUACAAACAUCAAUGAAAAAACAUAAAAAGGCUUAGGAGCAUCUCCUCUAAAGGAAUCCUUAAGCCAAGCACUGUUAUUACAUGGUAGCUGCCGGUGAGGUAGUGUUGCCACCCCAGCUGUUUCCUGUAUGUGAAGAACCCCCUUUUUUCCAUCCAUGCCUGUCUGUGAAACUCAUCCAACUUCCUCAGGGUGGCACUGCCUUGGCUGGGUUCAUACUUGGUGACAAUCGCUCCACACCAGGGGUGAUUGGUGCCUGAGAGAGGACUGCAGCUUUUGAGGCAGAGAGAAGGUAGGGCAGUGGUGGUGGUCUGCUCUUGGUGAUCUGAAUCUGUUCACCAGACUGUCCUCCCACCUCUGCAGGCAGAGGAACCUUUGCCUGUGGACAGUUGAACUCCCCUGUGGAAGAAGCACUGGGCACCACCAUCAAAACUGGAACUGCAUCUUCUCCUGAGACGCCUCCUACCUAGGGAGGAGGACCAGGAAAGCAUGAGAGUGGCAAGCCCACCUGCUUCUUCCCUCCAAGGCAUAUGUGCAGAGCAUCUUUUGGUUGUCCAGUGAGGACAUGUCCACAGUGGCACUUUUUCUGGAGCUCCAGGAGAGGACUGUACAGAUGGGCAGGACCCCUCUUGAGCAGGGGAUACCUGGGGGACACUGCACACUAGGGUCUUCCCAGCCCUAUUCUCCAGCUUGGUCUGCAGGGAAGGUGAUCAGGGCACAAGAAUGUUGAUGCAGCAUUUAAAAAAAAAAAAACAUUUGAAGAUGGCACGUGACUACUGUAGUUUUUGGUUAUACAGGUCACACUUAAAGGAUCAAAGUUUGGAAAUAAUCCUGGAUGUCAACAUAUUUGCAAAUGGGAGAGCUUCCAGAUUUGGGCAGUCUUUAGGCUUUGUUGUGUUGGAGGCUGCAGGUCUAGUCCUAACAUGGUGCCCAAAUGCCACCACUGGUGGAACAGAAGGUGCAUUCUUUGCAGAGCUCACUGCAGAUCUGGGUGCCCUGCACAGCCUCCUCCAAAGUCAAUAGAACUCAGGGAUGGUCUGGUUUCACUAUAAUUUGAUAAGUAUUUUUCGGCUAUUCUCCAAAACUGCCCAACUUUCUUAGGGCAUUGACCACUCUUGUCUGACAUUGUGUAUAAAGACUAUUUGUUUGAUUAAACCCAUCUUAUGUUUGUGACCAGAGAGACUGAGUGCCAGAGGACUGUGCACAGCUGUAGCUGCGUUUUGCGGCAUA